AUGAUGCAAAUUCACUCAAAUGACGUUUUAGCUAAUGCUAGAUCUGAGUCAUUGAGUGUUGACGAUGAGGAUAAAGAUGACGUUUUUGAUGUUCAAGUUGCUAAACGAACCAAAAAAAAGAACAUAUUGCCAGUGUUGUAUUUUGAUUCGACAGGAUCGGUGAUAAGAAGGACCAGCUCAAAGCAGAAGAGAAUUUUUCAUUACACUGGUGUUAUUUCAAUAGAUAAUAGAAUAAUUCCAAUGAUCGACUUUGUAACAUGUAGGCACGACGUGUAUCACAUAAAUCAAGUACUUAUUGACUAUAAGCACUACGUCUCAAAAAAAUUGAAAGAAUGGCCUUUGUAUUCGAAUGUUGUAACCGAUUUUUCUAUGGCACUUAUUGAGGCUGUUUUGAAAGGAUUUAACCACGAUGGAAAUUCCGACGUAUUUGAAUAUGCAAUGAAAUGGGCAACCAGUGACGUCAUUCCUAUUAAAAUUGUACAAGUGAAAUUGUGUGUAUGGGUCUUGAGAUCCGCUCUGAACUUUGCAAGUGAUGGAGAAGUAGUCAGAGAAGUAGGUAGAGAGUUCCAGAGAAAAAGACCAAAAAAAGCAAAUGCAGAUUUGGCAAAAGAGUGUUUAACACGAGUAGCCAGUGCAAGAGAACAAGAUAUGGAAAUAUAUGAGAAAAGAAAGGGGCACGAGCAACUAUAUGAGCAGCAGAGUUAA